CCCUUUUUUAUUCCUUCAUUCACCCAUCAAAUAUAUAUAGAUACAAAAAAUAUAUCCAUAUCAUCCACUUUUCUCUGUAAAUCAUUCUUCUCAAUUUAAAAUUUAUUUAACUAAUCUAAUUAAUAUCAUCCAUCCAUACAAAAUCAUCACAAUUCAAUCUUAAUUUGGUUUUGAUCACAUACAAAAGAUUCUGUUUUAUCUGGUUUUUGGGAAUUGGGAUUUUGAGUCAAGCAAUAACUCAAGCAGUUAAAUCUUAUCAUCUUGAUUAAUUUGGGCACUGCAGAAUUGAGCAGUGCCCAUGGAAGCCACCACUAGUGAGACACCAAGUAUGCAAUACCACAACUUUCCUGAACAACCGAUCCCUACGACAGUAAUGUCUCCCAGCCCGUCUUUUGAUCGACAAACCCGUCAUUGUUUUGGAGACGAAACACCCGGAGAAUUUCCAUUAUCUGCAAACCCUUCAAUUGUUCUUCAUGUUCUCACUGCUUGUAAUCUUGACCCCCAAGAUUUAGCAAAAUUAGAGGCUACAUGUUCUUUCUUUAGGCAACCUGCCCAUUUUGCCCCUGAUCAUGAGCUCUGUUUAUCUGAGCUUGCAGCUCUUGAUAUGUGCCAAAAAAGAGCAAUCUUUAAACCCAUGACUUCAGAAAAACGCGAAGAACUGAAAUUGCGAUGCGGGGGCUCUUGGAAAUUGGUUCUGAGAUUCUUGCUGGCUGGGGAAACUUGCUCUAGAAGAGAAAAGUCCCAGGCUAUAGCAGGACCGGGUCAUAGUAUUGCUGUGACUUCAAAAGGUUCUGUUUAUACUUUUGGGUCUAACAACUCGGGCCAACUUGGUCAUGGUACCAUUGACGAGGAGGCAAAGCCCCGCAUAAUCAGAUCUUUGCAAGGAAUUCGUAUUAUACAUGCAGCAGCUGGAGCGGGCCGAACAAUGCUCAUCAGUGAUUCUGGGCAGGUUUACGCCUUUGGAAAGGACUCAUUUGGGGAAGCCGAGUAUGGAGUUCAAGGAAGUAAACAAGUUAGCACUCCUCAAGUAGUUGAUUCUUUGAAAGAUAUAUUUGUGGUACAAGCUGCAAUUGGAAACUUCUUCACGGCUGUAUUAUCACGAGAAGGAAGAGUCUACACCUUUUCCUGGGGAAAGGAGAACAAACUUGGUCAUCAAACCGAACCAACUGAUCUUGAACCACACCCGUUGUUGGGUCCACUUGAAAAUAUUCCUGUGGUCCAGAUCGCGGCAGGUUAUUGCUACCUUCUUGCUUUGGCUUGUCAACCAAGUGGCAUGUCGGUUUACUCAGUUGGAUGUGGUUUAGGAGGGAAAUUGGGCCAUGGGACCAAGAAUGAUGAGAAGCAGCCAAGAUUGAUAGAACAGUUUCAGACUUUGAAUCUGCAGCCUAUGGUGGUUGCGGCCGGUGCAUGGCAUGCGGCCGUGGUUGGUACUGAUGGCAGGGUUUGUACAUGGGGUUGGGGCCGAUACGGCUGUUUAGGCCAUGGGAACGAAGAUUGUGAUUCAGUUCCGAAAGUGGUUGAAUCUUUAAGCAAUGUAAAAGCUAUACAUGUUGCCACAGGGGACUAUACUACUUUUGUAGUUUCUAGCGAUGGAGAUGUCUAUUCUUUUGGCUGUGGAGAGUCAUCAAGCCUUGGACAUAAUUCUGCAGAACCUGAUGCACAGGGAAAUAGGCACGCUAAUGUUUUGAGCCCGAAAAUGGUGACAUCAUUGAAGCAAAUUAAUGAAAGGGUGGUGCAAAUAAGCCUUACAAACUCAAUCUAUUGGAAUGCUCACACGUUUGCACUCACGGAAGCAGGAAAGUUGUAUGCGUUUGGAGCGGGGGACAAAGGACAGUUAGGGGUGGAACUUGUUGCUAACCAAACCGAAAGGCCGACUCCAGAGCGUGUCGUAGUUGAUCUCUGCUAGCCAAGUGAAGUUUAAUGAUGACUACUAAUCUCUCAACUGAUCACCAUAUGAUCAAAUGGUUAAUGUUUUUACUUUUUACUUUCAGUUUGUUCCUUCCAUGUCUAUUUGUGUACAUAAAAACAAAGAAGGAUUUGUGAAGAAUGUUUUUAGGUGGGGUAGGAAGUGCUAGUAGAAAAUUGUUGGGGGGCUUGAAGUAAAUGUCUUUUUAUGGUUUCUUAAGGAGUAAAUAUUAAUUGCAUUUGUGAA